GCCGGUUUACGCAUGGUUCGAUUUACUGUUAACCGUUUAAACUUCGGUUAACUCGAUUUGUGGAACCGGGCCUUAGAAUUCAGUGUUCGAAUUUGUAGUUGAGAGUGGUUAUUGGUGAACUACUUUAUUGGUUAGUUUACUUGAAGGUUAUGAAGAAUGAAAUUUAAAUUCACUUAUGAAGAAUAUUCAAUUAUUUUACAAUGAUUCUGUCAGAAAAUGGGCUUCUGUCAAAAUACAUUCAUAUAGGAUUCGUUGUUGCCCUUUAUUGGAUAGUCUCUAUUCUUACAGUAUUUGUGAAUAAAGCGCUACUUUCCAGUGAAACGAUAAAUUUAGAUGCACCAUUAUUUGUAACAUGGUUUCAGUGUGUCGUAAGUGCUGUUGUAUGUAUAAUUCUUAGUUUAUUAUCACAAUGGUAUCCCCAAUACAUCCAUUUUCCAAGAGGUCAUCCAUUCAGUCUCGACACUGCAAAAAAGAUUCUCCCACUAUCUAUGCUAUUUGCUGGCAUGAUAGCUAGUAAUAAUUUAUGUCUCAAGCACGUGGGAGUUGCAUUUUAUUAUAUAGGUCGUUCUUUAACUACUGUUUUUAAUGUCAUCUUUACCUACACAGUUCUUGGUCAAAAAACAUCGAUUAAAUGCAUUGCCUGUUGUGGUGUCAUUAUACUGGGAUUUUGGCUUGGCGUUGAUCAAGAGCACGUCCUUGGCUCUUUGUCAAUCUUCGGGACCAUUUUUGGAAUACUUGGGUCAUUGACACUCUCCUUAUAUUCAAUCAAGACAAAAGAGGUUCUUCCUUUGGUAAACCAGGAAGUCUGGUUACUUUCUUAUUAUAACAACGUAUACAGUAUUGUUUUGUUCAUUCCUCUAAUGUUAAUUAAUGGGGAGUAUCAUGUAGUACGUGAUUAUGACAAACUGAAUGAACCGUUCUUCUGGUUGGCAAUGACUGUUGGUGGAUUGUGUGGAUUUGCAAUAGGUUAUGUUGCAUCUUUGCAAAUCAAGGUUACAUCCCCACUGACACACAACAUCAGCGGAACAGCAAAAGCCUGUGCGCAAACUAUUUUGGCUUCCUACUGGUUUUACGAAAGCAAAUCAUUUCUUUGGUGGUUGAGCAACUUUAUUGUUCUUGGUGGUAGUGCGGCAUAUGCCAGACUCAAACAGCUGGAGAUGCAAAAGGCUCAUAUUGAAUAUAAACAUCUUCCAACAUUUAGUGGGGGAGUCCAUAAUAAGUGAGAAAUUUUUAGAGUAUUUAAAUAAACUGAGAAAAAUAUAUGACCGUGUUACUAUGCUAACACAACCAAAAGGAUGAAUUUUAAAAUAUAACUCUGUAAAAACGUGUUAUUUAGAUAACUCUAAAGAACUUAAACAAUAAUAUACAGUUAAACUGUAUAUUAAAAGGACGUUAAACGUAGACUUGCUUUAAGUUGAAUAAUGUAAAUAUAACGCAUUUAUUGUAAACAAAGUCAAAAAGUAUAAAAAACAUACCAAUGUAAACAGUUCCUUUAAAUAAAUAAUGCACACUAAUAUGUACUUGCACAUCUUUCACACUUGCACAAAUGCAGUUCAUGACAUUCUAAUUACAAUCACAAUUACUUCUUCUGUGAUGUUAGCCUCCACUAACAAUGCUA